AUGGAGAGGGUCGGAAGGCCAUGGACAACUGAAGAGGAUGAAUUGUUGAAACAGGCCGUCGCCGUUCAUGGCGAGACGGACAUGUGGAAGACGAUCGCGCUCUCGGUUCCCGGGAGGACGAACAAAGCCUGCAGGAAGCGUUGGCUGCAUUCGUUGUCACCGUCCGUGAAGAAAACGGCAUGGACGAAGGAAGAGGACGCGCUUUUGCUCUCGCUGUAUGCCGUUCACUCCACGAAAUGGGCGCUUAUUGCUCGGAGUAUUCCUGGACGGACCGACGAUGCAUGCUCUAAACGCUACCGCGAGGCAUUGGAUCCUGCGUUAAAGAAGGACGACUGGACGUCUGAAGAGGACGAUCGGCUGCUGGAUGCAUACUCUCGUCUAGGUGGUAGAUGGAGCCAGGUUGGUCAGAGCCUUCAGAGAAGCGGACUUGCAUGUCGCAAUAGAUGGAGGCUACUUCAAAGGAAGCAAUCCAAAUCGACCCCUGGGCAAGGAACAAACGCGGACGCCACAGGAGCUUCGUAUUCAUGGGAAGACAUGUCAAUGCUCGACCCUCAGUACUGGAUGUCGCAACUGCGCCCGUAUCCACAGUUCGGGCCCGGAGAAUACGGUGCCUAUACAUCGGGACAUACAAGUUUACAAGACAAUGGUAGAAAGGGUCCCGAAUUGGAUAUUCCCUCGUUCUCGCCCUCGGACGCUUCCGCGGAAGUAGACGGCACGUCUCCCGUUGACUCACCUUUCCACCAUACUUUAUCUUCUCUGAGGCAUACCCAACCCGUGCCUGAAGAGAGUUCUUCAGUAAACGACUUCUCUCACCCUCCCCUGAAUCCGCGCGCGCACGGCCGGUCCGUUCUCCCUUCCCAGCCAAAUGCCUCCGUGCCUGACGCCGAGAAUGCUUCUUCGCCUUCCCAAUUUGACGAUACGCCGCACCCUCACGACGAUGGCACAUCACCGUCAUCGAUGCAAUAUCUGGUCGAUCUCGUGAUCGAUCGUGGACAUGCUUCAACCCCCGCUCUUUAUUCCGCAGGUAUGACCGGUCCGGGUGUCAACGCUCAUAUGGACCAGAAUAUGGCGCCAAAUACAAUAGGACACCACGCCAGCGCUGGUUCUAUCACGCCUGAAUCGCCGUCGGCCGAGGCCACCCCGGAGCCGGAAGCAUUACACCUUUCAGCUUCUAACACUGAAUUGAGGACCGAGCUUGAGCGCCACGAGCAUGAGGUGCCCGUUCCUUCUCUCUCCGGUGCCUAUCAGUCGAACGCUGGUACAACUGGACGGCCCGAUAGGGUGGUGCAGGUACCAAGGCUGUCUUCGGCGUUGGCUGUCAGUGGAGAUACGUCUGUAACCGGAUAUGCUUGCGGACACCCCGACUGUUGGCCAGAUGGUGCGGCGUCCAGCCUGGCUAAAUAUGCCACAUCCGGAGAGCUGGUGAAUCACUUCCGAGCUGACCAUCCUGGUCACGCACCGGGCGCUGCGAAGCUCUAUAGAUGCGGGCUGGAUGGGUGUGCCAAAGCGUGGGCGAGCGUCAAUGGUUUGCAAUACCACCUGCAGAUAUCGAAGGCGCACUUCCGGCAGGCCUUGAAUUCUGCCGUUGUCGGCGCCCGCUCGCACAGCAAGGGCGAAGGACAGCCCGAAACGGAUGCCCCCCGUGCCCCUGACAGAACACAGAAGAAACGAAAGCUGCAUCCAUGCCCACACGCCGGCUGCCCGAACCAGUACAAGCAGCUUAGUGGGCUUAGAUAUCACCUGGACCAUGUGGGUCUUUUUCCAUCACCCUUCACCGGUGCCGCUGCCUUUGCCUCUGACUUCUGGCUACCUAAAGACACAUGCGCACACUAUGCCGGUGCAAUUGAACGAUAUUCCUCCGACUCUGGCCCGUAA